AAAAGGGAGAAAGAAGCGCUCUCUCCGUAACUCGGUCUCCUCUCACUGAAGGAAAGAAUCGCCGACCAAAAUCCUCUUGGAGGUUAUAGAAGAGGAGACAGAGAGUGAGAGAGGCCGAGCUCAUGUCUUCCUUCAUCGCUUUGAGGCCUCUAUCACCGGCGCUCUCUUCUUCCUCCUCUACUCCAUUUAUCUCACCGCCUCUGUGUUCUGUUCCAUGCCUUCCUCUCUUCUCUGUGUCGUUUCCUCCGCAGAGGCGGAGCUCCUGCAGUUUGAGAGCUCUUUGCGUACAGGAUCCUGGAAGCAUCGCCUCUGAUGGAGACACCAAGCCGCCCAAUGGGAAUCUGCCCAAGAGCAGGAGGGAGAUUCUUUUAGAGUACAUAAAAAAUGUUCAGCCUGAUAUUCUGCAGUUAUUUAUGAAAAGGGCACCGCAGCAGAUUGUGGAUGCAAUGCGCCAGACCGUGACAAAUAUGAUUGGAACACUCCCCCCUCAAUUUUUUGCGGUGACUGUUACCACAGUUGCAGAAAACUUGGCGCAGCUCAUGUAUAGCGUGAUGAUGACUGGUUAUAUGUUCAGGAAUGCACAAUAUCGCCUGGAACUGCAACAAACUGUAGAGCAAAUUGCACUUCCCGACGCAAAAGAGGAGGAUGCUCCAGAUUAUGCACCUGGUUCGCAGAAGAAAGUGACUGGAGAAGUUAUCAGGUGGAAUAAGGUUUCUGGCCCCGAGAAAAUGGAUGCAGUGAAAUACAUCGAGUAUUUGGAAGCAGAGAUCGAGGAACUGAAUGAGCAAGUCAAGAGGAGGUCUGCAAAUGGAAAUAAUGAACUUUUGGAGUACCUUAAAACCCUUGAGCCUCAGAAUUUGAAGGAACUCACAAGUAGUGCUGGCGAAGACGUAGUUUUUGCUAUGAAUACCUUCAUAAAGCGCCUGUUGGCUGUUUCAGAUCCUGCAAAAAUGAAGACAGCAGUCACCGAGACUAGUGCACCUGAACUAGCAAAUUUACUCUAUUGGUUGAUGGUGGUUGGUUACAGCAUUCGCAAUAUUGAAGUGAGAUUUGACAUGGAAAAGGUGCUUGGUGCUCCUCCCAAGCUCGCUGAACUACCACCUGGUGAAAACAUUUAGAGCCGUAGAACUUCAGCAAGAAUGGGUUUUCAAAUACAGAAAUUAAAACGGUUAGGUUACUCUCCAUGCUAAUAUGCUGUCCAACUUUUACAACUUUAGGGUAUUCAUGUACUGAUUUGAUACAUGCAUAUUCUUAAUAGUCCAUAUACUUCAGAUUUUCUAGGCAUGUACAAGGCCUUGUUUCAGAGGGUCAAUCCAUAUAGCCUUGAAUAAUCUGUUAUUCCAUUUCCUAGAAUCUUAUCUUUGUCGUUCUGUCUCUUUUUAUAUUCUAAUGGAUAUGGGCUAGGGGCAGAGAUCACUGGCUAGGGAUGCCAAAAACUGACUCAAUCCAUUUACUGGAAAAAAAAGAGAUUAAUGCUUCUCUAAUCACUGUAUUGAUUUAGCAUUAUUGGUUGACU